UUUGUCAGUGGAAGUGACCUGCUCAUGAAGGUAGAUGCACUUUUAUCAUCAAUGCCAAAAAUGGAAUCCCGGAAGGAUGUCAAGUUUCUUCAAAAUCAGUUGAGUGUGGUAAAAAUAAAACCUCAAGAUGGAGUCUUCUAUGAAGUGGUGGCUAUUGUUGAUCCACUAAGCAGGGAGGCACAAAGGAUUGCCCCAUUGCUAUUGGUCUUCAAUCUGGUGAUCAAUAUGAAGAUGAACUUGUUCAUGAACUGCAGGCCCAAACUCUCGGAAUUGCCUUUGAAGAGCUUUUACCGUUACGUGCUAGAGCCUGAAUUGGUCUUCACAGCUGAUAACAAUUUAUCAGCAGGACCCAUAGCCAAAUUUCUCGAAAUGCCAGAAGUACCCUUAUUUACCCUGAACAUGUUUACACCAGAGAGUUGGUUAGUAGAAUCACUACGCAGCCCAUUUGACUUGGACAACAUUCACUUAGAAGAAGUUGAAGGAAUUGUAUCAGCAGAGUAUGAACUGGAGUACAUACUGCUUGAAGGGCAUUGCUUUGAUGUGACCACCGGUCAACCACCCAGAGGAUUACAGUUCACCCUGGGAAUGAAACAUAACCCAGUUAUGGUGGACACUACAGUGAUGGCUAACCUGGGUUACUUUCAGCUAAAAGCAAAUCCUGGCACUUGGUUGCUUCGAAUACGCAAAGGGAGAUGUAGCAAUAUCUACCAGAUAUUUACACAUGAAGGCACAGAUUCUCCUGAUGAUGCGGAUGAUGUUGUUGUAGUGCUGGACAGCUUCAAAAGCAAGAUCCUUAAAGUUCAGGUGAACAAAAAGCCUGAUAAAAUAAACAAAGAUUUUCUCAGCAGUGUGGACACAGAAGACAAAGGGAUCCGGGAGUCAAUCACAAGCUUUACAGGUUUACGGUCUGACCAGACUGAAAAUAAGAAAGAUGAUGUCCUUAACAUUUUCUCUGUUGCGUCAGAACAUCUUUAUGAGCGAUUUAUGAGAAUUAUGAUGCUUUCUGUAUUAAAACACACCAAAUCAGCUGUCAAGUUCUGGUUUUUGAAGGAUUACCUAUCUCCUACUUUCAAAGAGUUCAUUCCAGAAAUGGCGAAUGAAUAUCGAUUCCAGUAUGAACUGGUACAGUACAAGUGGCCGAGGUGGCUCCAUCAGCAAACAGAGAAACAGAGAAUUAUUUGGGGCUACAAGAUCCUUUUUCUCGAUGUCCUCUUCCCAUUAACUGUUAACAAAAUUAUCUUUGUUGAUGCUGACCAGAUUGUGAGAACUGAUUUAAAAGAACUUCUGCGGUUGGAUCUGGAGGGUGCACCCUAUGGAUACACACCAUUUUGUGACAGUCGUAAAGAAAUGGACGGUUACCGCUUCUGGAACUCAGGACACUGGGCCUCUCAUUUGGGAGGCAGAAAAUAUCACACAAGUGCUUUAUAUGUCGUAGAUUUAAAAAGAUUCAGAAAAAUAGCAGCGGGCGAUCGCCUUCGAGGCCAGUACCAAGCACUCAGUCAGGAUCCCAACAGUCUGUCCAAUAUGGAUCAGGACCUGCCCAACAAUAUGAUCCAUCAAGUGGCUAUUAAAUCCCUCCCACAAGAAUGGCUCUGGUGCGAAACAUGGUGCAGUGAAGAAUCCAAAAAGAUGGCUAAAACAAUAGAUCUGUGCAACAACCCCAGGACUAAAGAACCUAAGCUAAAAGCUGCUGUACGAAUUGUACCAGAGUGGAAUGAUUAUGAUAAUGAAAUAAAAAUGUUAUUAAAAAGGCUGGAGGGACACGGAAAGAAGAGGUAUACAAAAUCAAAAUGCCAGUCUCCAGCUUCUGGGCGAGAUGAACUCUAGCAAGUCUCUGAAAUUGUGUUGCGCACUAAACGCGUAAGAACUACAAUUAGAACAAAAACAUGUUACUUUGGUCAUGUAUAGGACUUGAGAAUUUUGAUUACACAAUUGUGUACAGUUUUACAUGC